AUGGAGAUUACAAUUUCUAUUCCAGAUAAUCUUAUAUCUCAUUAUUUGACUUUUUUUUUAUUGGUUUCAACAUUAUUGUAUAUUUUAAUAACACAAAAAAAAGCAAAUGCAAUAAAUAAUAAUAAUAAUAAUAAUAAUAAUAAUAAUAAUAAUAAUAUUAAUAAUAAUAGUAGUAAUAAUAGUAGUAAUGAUAGUAAUACCGACAAUAAUUUAUGUAUGAAAACUCAAACAUUUAAUAAAAAUAGUGACAUUAAUAGUGGCACAAUUACAGACAGCACCAAUAAUAAUUUUGACAAUAACACAAACAAUAAUUUAAAUAAAAAUAAUUAUAAUAGUGAAAAAAAAAAUAAACUAAUUAAAAAUGAAAUAAAAGGUGAUAUUAUAAGUAAUAAUAAUAAUAAUAAUAAUAGUAAUAAUAAUAAUAAUAAUAAUAAUAAUAAUAAUAAUAAUAAUAAUAAUAAUAAUAAUAAUAAUAAUAAUAAUAAUAAUAAUAAUAAUUCAAGUCCUUUAUCAUUGUAUUCAAAAAAAGAGUUAAUUCCAUUACCAGCAAUUCAAGAAGAGAGCAAUAAUUACCAAAAUAAUAAUAUAACUAAUAAUAAACCAAACUUAAAGGUAACACUUAAUAAUAAUAAUAAUACAACAACAGAACCAACAAAGAGAAUAGUAUCAACAUCAUCAUCUUCAUCAUCUGACGACGAAGAACCAAUACCAAUAUCACCAGUAUCGAAUUCAUUUUUAUCACCAUUAAAUUUUACAACAGGAAAAAAGAAAUCAAAAAAGAAUCAAUUUUAUUACGUCUCAACCUAUUAUUCAAGUUGUGAUUUACCAAAUAAAGUUAUGGAUGAAAAUGAGAUAGAAGAAGAAGACAAUAAUAAUAUUAUUAGUAAUAAUAACAAGGCCUCAAAUAACAACAAAAAAAGUAAUUUCUCAUCACAUGAUGAUGGUUAUUCAAAUUUAUUAAAACAAGAAAAUAAAAAUAGUGAUUUAUUAAAUAAAGGUUUUCGAUAUAAUAGAGGUAAUAAUAAUAGUAAUAAACAUCCUCAACAAGCACAACAACAACCACCAAUUCAACUAUUAUUAGAGGAUGAACCAUCAUUAAAAGCAUUAGAACUUAAUCCACAAUUAGCAGAUACAACAACAACAACAACAGCAACAACAACAACACCAUCAUCAGCAGAGACACCAAAUACACCCUUAUCAAUGAAUAGUUUAGAAAGUAGUAGUAAUUUAUUAAAAUCAACAAAUUUAAAUAAACCACAGAAAAAUUCAAUUAGUAAAUCUUUAGAUGAUUUCAUGCAUGAAGAACAUCCAAAUCAAAUUUCUUCUCCAAUUGAAUCCUGUAUUAAAAAAUUAAAGAAAAAGAAAUGUAUUUUACCUCAAGUUUUACAAUUAAAAUGGAGAGUUAAACCAAAAAAAGUAUUAAUUAUAAAGAAAUAUAAUGAUGAAACAAUUAAUGAAUUAAUACCAGGUUUAGUUGGUUGGUUAAAAGAUAUUGGAAUAAAAGUUAUGAAAGAGAGUGAUAGUAAUGAUGAAUAUCCAUUAAUUAAUGAUGACCCAACCAUCGAAGUAUUAUCAAGUACUGCUGAUCCUUAUUCAAUUGAUUUCAUUAUUUCAAUGGGUGGUGAUGGUACAAUUUUACAUACAUCAUCAUUGUUUAAAACUUAUAUUCCACCAAUAUUAUCAUUUAGUUUAGGUUCAUUAGGAUUUUUAACAGCAUUUGAUUAUUCACAUCAUAAAGAGUAUAUUCAAUCAGUGAUUGAUGGUAAAUGUUUUGUUUCUUAUCGGUUAAGAUUAUCUUGUACAGUUGUAACUUCUGAUGGUAAUGUUACCACCACCACUACAUCAACACCAACUUCAACUUCAACUACAACUACUACAACCAAACCUAUGAAUCCAACAUCAUCUGAUUCAACAAAUGCAAAUAAUACACCAAGUGGCGGUAGUGCCUCUAGUGGUUUAAUUAAUAUAGGUAGUAAUAUCAAUAGACAUAGAUAUCAAGUUUUAAAUGAAGUUACAAUCGAUAGAGGUACAAAUCCAUAUCUAUCAAAUUUAGAAUGUUGUUGUGAUGGUAAAUUAAUAACGAUCGUUCAAGCCGAUGGUUUAAUCAUUGCAACUUCAACAGGUUCAACUGCAUAUUCUCUAAGUGCUGGUGGCUCUUUGGUUCAUCCAACUAUACCUGCAAUAUUAAUUACUCCCAUUUGCCCUCAUACUCUAUCGUUUAGACCAGUCAUAUUACCCUCAACUUCGGAAUUGAUCAUACGUGUUCCUGAAACAAGUAGGUGUCCGGUUUGGGCUUCUUUUGAUGGUAAAAAUAGACAAGAACUAAAGAGAGGUGAUUAUGUUAUCAUCAAAACCUCUAGAUGGGCUGUACCUGUCGUUUGCAAAACUGAUGAAAGUAAUGAAUGGUUUGAAAAAUUGGCUCAAAAUUUAAAUUGGAAUCUAAGACAAGUUCAAAAAUCUUUUACUGCCCCACAUGGUGGUAGUAUCUCAAGUGGAAGUAGUGGUGAAAAUUCAAAUAAUAGUAGUCCUUUAAAUUUAUCAACCUCUUCUCAAAAUUCAACCUCGCCUCAUUAA